AUGGGGUUGUCGAUGUCGUCGGCUUCGCUGCCAUGGCUCUUGGUCACGAAUCCCAUCACCAAUGAGCGACGGGCCUUGGAUCUUUGCAUGGUCGAUCUCUGUCUCAGCCUCACUUUCCUCAUAUGCAACAGGUCGGUUUUCCCUCACGGCUCCAAGAGACGGCCUGGAGUCUCCUCCAUCACAAAUCGCUGUCUCCAUCACGUAGUCCUAUGCCAGGGUGGUGAAGAGGAUAUCACGAAGGUUGCAGUGGCCCCUCCCCUUCCUCUCCGUCUCGGAGUCUUGUGGCAAUGGUGGAUUCCUAAGGUUCUUCGGGUCGUUCACUCGUUGUUUUGGGGGCUUGGUUCUCUCUUCUCUCCUUACCGCCAUCAGAUUGGUAUCAGAGCCACGGUUCUUUCCAUGGCGAACCGUCGACGUAGAGUACCUGACGUCAACGUGGCUCCCACGGAGCGUGACCUUCGUGAUGUCGAGAUGGAUGAGCUGAGGAGGCAAGUGCAACAACUCCAACAGCAACUUGAGCAUCUCCAAGCUAGAAACCGUGACGAGACACGUCAUGGUUUGGAUGUUGGCGAGGUUGGGGAGGUUAACCCUUUCCAUGACGAAGAUUCUGAUUCGUCCACCGAAAGAGCUUCUCCUCGACUUGGCCGGAGGAAUCGUUUUGAGGAUUAUGGCGUCAAAGUCGACAUUCCCGACUUUGAAGGUCAAAUGCACCCAGAAGAUUUCAUUGAUUGGUUGGCUACCGUUGAACGAGUCUUCGACUUCAAGAAUAUUUCCGAAGAAAAGAAGGUGAAGUUAGUCGCCAUCAAAUUGAAAAAACAUGCUUCAGUUUGGUGGGAGAACUUGAAGAGGCGUCGAGAAUGUGAAGGAAAACGGAGGAUUGUGACGUGGGAAAAGAUGAAACGGGAGCUCAAGAAGAAGUUUGUUCCUGCAAGUUACAAGCGAGAUAUUUUCUCUCGGCUCUACAACUUCAAGCAAGAGGAGUUGACCGUAGAGGAAUACACCGCAGAGUUUGAGCAUCUCAUGAUGAAGUGCGAUCUCGUGGAGCCUGAGGAACAAACCAUUGCUCGGUACCUUGGCGGUCUUCGAUCCGAGAUUCGUAACGUGGUCCAAUUGCAACCUUAUUGGACUUUUGAGGAUGUUUGCAAGCUGGCCGUUCGUGUGGAGAAGCAAUCUAAGGAUAAGAGUACUCAUAAGACCUUGGGAAGAGACGGGGUCUCUAACCGGGGGAGUGCUCCGACUCCAAAGUCAUCAUCAACUGGUCAGGCUUCUUCUUCCAAGGCUACACCCGUACAAGGUGGCACUUCUCGCAACACUUCAAGCACGAUAUCAAAACAAUGCUUUAAGUGUCGAGGAUUUGGUCACAUCGCUUCCGAGUGCCCGAAUCGGAAGAUUAUUUCCUUAGUGGAGGAAGCUAAUGAUGAGCCGGUGUACGACACUUACGACGACGAGGAGAAUGAGGUUGAGCAAGAAGAGGUCACUUAUGGUGAUCAAGGGAAGGCUCUCGUCGUUCAACGCAUCUUAAAGUUCGCACAUGUUGAGGACGAUAAGUGGUUGUGGCAUAACAUCUUCCACACCCGAUGCACUUCCCAUGGCAAAGUGUGCACGGUCAUUAUCGAUAGUGGGAGUUGUGAGAAUGUCAUUUCCACUACCAUGGUGGAAAAGUUGCACCUCAAGGUGGAGCCUCAUCCGGAUCCGUACAAGCUCUCUUGGCUCAAGAAAGGUAACGACGUUCAUGUCAAUAAACGUUGCUUGGUGCAAUUCUCUAUCGGCGCGCAUUAUAAGGAUGAGAUUAUGUGCGAUGUGGUUCCCAUGGAUGCGUGUCAUUUACUUCUUGGACGUCCGUGGUUAUAUGAUCGAAGGGUGAUUUAUGAUGGUUUUAAGAACACCUACUCCUUUGUCAAGGAAGGUGUCAAGAUUAUUCUAGCACCUUGUAGAAUGGAGGACAAGUCUAAGGCCGUCACGGGAGAAUGGAGCUCUCAUCUCUCCAAAUCCCAAUUUCUCCAAGUCAUGGAUCGUUCUUCGAAGGCUUAUGCACUCGUGCUCUUGGAGGAGAAUGAAGAACGAGGGGAUAUUCCACCCGUAGUGAAGUCUUUGCUCGAAGAAUUUCGGGAUGUGGUGUCCGAUGAGAUUCCGUCGGGACUUCCUCCCAUGCGGGAUAUCCAACAUCAUAUUGAUUUGGUGCCCGGGGCUGCUAUCCCAAGUAAGGCGGCGUAUCGAAUGAGUCCAAAGGAACAUGAGGAGGUUCAACGCCAAGUCGACGAACUUUUGCAUAAGGGGUUGAUUCGGGAAAGUUUGAGCCCUUGUGUGGUUCCCGCUCUUCUCAUGCCAAAGAAGGAUGGAUCUUGGAGGAUGUGCAUUGAUAGCCGGGCUGUGAAUAAGAUCACCAUCAAGUAUCGCUUUCCAAUACCGCGACUUGAUGAUUUGCUUGAUCAACUUCAUGGAGCUUCGGUCUUUUCCAAAAUCGACCUUAGGAGCGGAUAUCAUCAAAUUCGAAUGCGUCCCGGAGACGAGUGGAAGACGGCAUUCAAGACGAGAGAUGGUCUCUACGAGUGGCUAGUUAUGCCAUUUGGCCUCUCUAAUGUCCCAAGUACUUUCAUGCGCCUCAUGAACCAUGUGUUGAAAGCUUUCAUCGGUAAGUUAUUGGUCGUUUACUUUGACGAUAUCUUGAUCUAUAGUACCAGCGUGGAGGAGCACUUGGAGCAUCUUCAAGAGCUUUUUAAGGUGUUUCGAGAGCAAUGCCUAUAUGCCAACCUCAAGAAGUGUCACUUCCUCACAAAUAGUGUCAAUUUCUUGGGUUAUAUUGUCUCUCAAGAAGGCAUUCGCAUGGAUCCAAGUAAAGUGGAGGCGAUCGUAAAUUGGCUGACUCUAAGAUCUCUCCAAGAGGUCUGA